AUGGGGGGUCCCGGGGAGGGGCGAGGGGCUCCUCCUGCACCAGGGACCCUCCCCCGCCCGCGGCCAGCAGGACCUGAGCGCUGGGCGGCCCUGACCCUGGUGCUGAUCCUCGGCCUCCUGGGGUCCCCUCCCUGCGCCCCAGCCGUGGCCCCGUGCACGGAGGAGCAGUACCAGGUGGGGCCGCGGUGCUGCCCCAAGUGCAGCCCAGGUUACCGGGUGAAGCAGGCCUGCGGGGAGUACACGGGCACAGUGUGUGUCCCCUGCGCCCCCGGGACCUACACCGCCCACCUUAACGGGCUGAAGGAGUGUCUGUCCUGCAGGGACUGCAGCCCAGCCCUGGGCAUGGAGACCCGGCGCGGGUGCUCCCCCACGGGGGACGCCGUGUGUGGCUGCGCCCCCGGCCACGUCUGCGUCCAGGAGCACAGGGACAGCUGCGUGCAGUGCCGGCCCCACACGGCCUGCAGGCCCGGCCAGAGCGUGAGGCAGAGAGGCACCGAGCAGCAGGACACGCUGUGUGAGGACUGUCCCCCCGGAACCUUCUCUCCCAAUGGGACCCUGGAGCAGUGCCGGCCCCACACAGCCUGCAGGCCUGGCCAGAGCGUGAGGCAGAGAGGCACCGAGCAGCAGGACACGCUGUGUGAGGACUGUCCCCCCGGAACCUUCUCUCCUGACGGGACCCUGGAGCAGUGCCGGCCCCACUCGGCCUGCAGGCCCGGCCAGAGCGUGAAGCAGAGAGGCACCGAGCAGCUGGACACGCUGUGUGAGGACUGUCCCCCCGGAACCUUCUCUCCCAAUGGGACCCUGGAGCAGUGCCGGCCCUGGACCAGGUGCAGCUGGCUUGAGGCAGAAGCCAAUCCGGGGACCAGCAGCAGCGACGUCACCUGCGCCUCCCGGAGACUUUAUCUGCUUCUGCUUCUGCUCGUGCUGUUUGUCGUGUCCUCAGCAGUGGCCAUUUCCACCUGUGUCCGCUGAGCCCGGGCACGGAGCAGGUCACGGGGCCCAGGACACGGAGGGCUGCCCGCUGGGGCGCCGGCUGAAGCCGCCAGGACACGCGGUGCCCGCGUCCAGCUCCGCCGAGCAGGGUUGAGAGAAUCCAGUGGAGCCGAGGAAAUAAAUGACUGACGCGAAACAGAGUCUCCGAGAUGGGGGAGCCCCAGUGCGGGUGCACCUCGUUUUCACUGAUACAAGCAGCCCUCCCAGGUCAGCCACUAGACGAUGAAGGCCUCUCUCGGCACAGGCCGUGCCCGGCGCACACUCACCGCGAGGUCCUGCGCCCUCAGGCCGUUCUGUUCCUUUGUCUAAUCUAGUCUGUGCCCAGGCGUAGCCCCGCGGGCCCGACAGGGCACCCCGAUGUGGCCACGGCCAGUCUCCCGCCGAGCGGAUCAGUGUCUUAGCCAUGCCCAGGCUUCCAGCACGACCUUGAUGUCUUCCUUG